UUCAAAGAUACAACCUACGCCACUCAACAGCCAGGGCUGGCCAAGGUGAAAAGUUUCCCAACAGAAAGUCAGUAGAUAUAGCCAGGUUUAGUCUUUUUGACAAUAGUGACCUGGUUGACUGUAUUAGGUCGGUUAUGGUAUUGCCUCACUACAUGCAGUGUGUGUUGGGAUAAGAGCCACUUGACUGGUCCGGGGACUGGGCUCUUCUAGCCCAGGCUGCUUACCCAGGGCUGGGCAGGGCAGGGCAAGAGGAGGUGGAGAGAUAAUUGGAUGUGUGUUGGCUAGCUGAGGAAGUUUGAUGGAAGACCCAGUCUGCUCAGCAGGGGGUUUGUUGCAUGCGUCUCUCUGUCCUUCUACCUCUCCGCCUCUCUCUCCCACGUUCAAAUAGGGUCUGCCCAUAUAGGCUCGUUUUCCAUUGUAAUUUUGCUCUCUCCAGUCCAAUGUUCUAUCCCUUUUCCGUUUUGGUGUGGCAUCAUUGCAUAGUUGGCUCUCUUUUGCAAGUGCUCUGCAGAUUGUCAUUAAGCUUUAUUCCAGUCCAGACACACUACUACUUGCCUUCUUCUCAUGUCAUGCAGUUUCUCAUGCAGCAGCCAUCUCUCUAUAAGGCAUGUAGCCUCCAAAUGACCUUCAAACAGGAGCAUAACUACUCGCUGCUGCCUCGCAACGCAUCCCUCUUAAACAACCCUGUUUAAACAAUAGAUUCUCUCUCACACACACACACCCCAUAAGGAGAGCUGACAGAAUGCAGCUAAAUAUGGUGUAAUUACCAGUUUGCAUCUCAAUAACGGGUUAUUUUGUAGAGCUUCACCGGGAGAAGUCUUACUCUCCUCUUUCAACUGGGUUUGACUUGAGGACGUGGGUUUCUAAAAUGCCAUCAAGCACUUCUACAGUACUCCUCAAAUAUUAGCCUAAAUAGAAGCUGUGGUUGUGCUACAAGCCCAAGCCCAACUUUAGCAUUCAAGUAAUUACCAUGGAAGAAUGAAUGUGCUGUGGGGAAAAAACAAACCGGUGUGUGAUGUUUUGGUGCACUACCGUAUGUCUGUAGUGUGUGUUGGUCCUCUGUGGAGUGAUGCCUUUCAAGGGGCGUAUCAGACUUUGAGAUAUAGAAUGUUAUAUUUCCAAAAUGUAUCCUGGCCACGUGACUGGACCAUGACUGUCCUAUCCCAUAGGGCUGUUAGGGGUCUAAUCAAAGGUAGUGCACUAGAUAGGGCAUAGGGUGCCAUUUGGGAUGCAUCCCUAGUCAUUCAGCACUGAUCAAUUGAUUGCGCCCCCAUGACCUACCUUCCUUCCUUCCUUCCUAGGAUUCUGUUGUCAUGCACCCACCGCCACCUUCCACUCAUCCCUCUCUCUCCCUCUCGGUUUCGCUCUCUCGUUGCAGUGCCAUGCGUGUGUUGCUGUCCAAGCUGCCGCGGCCCUGGAUUGUUGACGAGAAGAAGGACGAUGGUUACACCGCCCUGCAUCUGGCCGCACUCAACAACCACGUAGAGGUGGCCGAGUUGCUGGUGCACCAGGUAGGACACAUACUAACACACCACUGCUUUCAAACAGAUGGUCCAUAGCAGCUCUAGUCUCUCCCUCUAGGCACUCACACUCACAAUAAGUGCUGGCCUCGUUCCUAAUAGUCAACGCUGUAUAGGUUUGUGCGAGUAUAGGGGAGUUAUAACUGACGUUUUUUAUUUAUUGAAUCGCAUAUUGUCCUUUUGGGUCCCUAGUGGCUCACAAGCGCUGUUAGCCUAUAUAACCUACUUCCUCAUAGGAUCAUACUCGGUCUAUUUCCCAUCUGAGAUGACAGUAUUGGUGCAGACUUCUAUCUUUAACGGGGCCAAAAUGUAGGAAGUGGCGCUCCACCGAGCAGAGCAGGAACUGUGUUAAUGAGGCCGCUAUAUGGAAACAGCGUGACACGAGCAUUGCAGCAAUGUUGUGAGAAUGCUGCACUAGCUGUGGGAUGGGAGAACGCCUCAUGCCCUGUGUUGGUCGGGCUUGAGCUAUAGCCAAGUGAUAUGGCCUAAAAAUCAUGAUCUCGAUUCUUUCAAACUAAUGGUCAAUUAACAAUAUACAGUAUCUCUGUUUUUAUUUUCUUUUUUUCUCUAAAUAUGCUUUGUUGCACAAUUAAAUGUUAAUACACUGCAUUUCAAACAGUCAGGAAUAAACUAAUGAAUUAUGGGCUUGUACAAUUAUACCUAGGCUAGAUUAUAAGCCUUCCACAACCUUAAGACCAUAAUUUUAUUAUUUUAUCAUAAUAGGUUAACCUGCUUUUUUGCAGUAGUCACUGAUCUGGCUAUAAAAAUGCCCUUUUUGUUACAAAUUGAACCAGAACCAUGCACAUCCCCACUAAUAAUGACCAACGUCUUGUAGCAGGCAUUAUAGAAAAUGUCUCAUAAACAAUCUCUGAAGCACAAGCCCACGUGCUAGUGAGUAACCAGCUAAUCUUCAUAUGUAAAGUCUAGCCAACUUGGAUCUAUUUGCUUGCUAACAAGGCAGAACAGUUGAACUGUUAUGAACACCCUCCUGUCCAUAUCCAACUUGACAUGCUAGCCUGUCCACUUUGUUUAGAUGUUGAAAUCAAGUCACCUACCUGGAUAAGAAGAGUUGCCAGUUCCUUAUAUAAAUGCACAUUUAUAAAACACAGACUAGACCUAGCAUAUAACCUCUGUGGCUACAAUGCUGCUAGCGGGAACGUGGUAUCGCGUGACAGAAACUGAAGAUUCAUGUUCAUUGACACUCCUGUUUUAGUAGGGUCUGCUCUCCGUCAAUUUGAGGAGUUGAGACAGAAAAAGGGUAUCGUUAGAAAGGUUAAGUUCUCCUCUAUUACAGUAAGGCAAUGUGUUUCGGUGUCCAUAUGACCGAUUCUGUUGGACCAAACCUCGAAUGCAAAUACCGAGUUGAACCUGCUUGUUGUCAGAGGAAGAAGUGAUCUUUCGUCUUUGUUGUUGUGAGUGACAGGGGGAGGGGCUUGGUGUGAGCAAGUGGUAAGAUGUACACGGCACAAAAGGAGCGAAGGAGACAAGACCGAGACAACGUCAUGAGAACAAGCGGACAGAAACGCGCAUAAAAAUGAGAAAAACAACCUUUAUUCUUGACAAAGGCGUUUGGAACAUCGCGCUAAAGUAUGAAUUCGAAUGUAUUCAAUAAAUUGCUCAGCCCUAGCUUAAAACAUGCAGGUCAUGCACCAAAGUACUGUAGAAUACAGUAGCAGGUACACUGCAGAACCAGUGUGUGCAUGUUAUACUGGGGAGUUUAUACCGGAAUAUUUGAAUGCUAACGCUCUUUCUCUCUCCUCUCGCUCUCCCCACCCCGUCUCUGUGUAUUCCGUCUGUUUCCUCCUCUCAGGGCAGUGCCAGCCUGGACAUCCAGAACGUAAACCAGCAGACGGCCCUGCACCUGGCCGUGGAGAGACAGCACACACAGAUAGUCAGGGUCAGUCUCUCCUCACUCCUCCCUCUUUUCUACUCUCCUUACUCACUCGCUCCUCUCCUCACUCCCUCUCUCCAACCACUAAUUGAAGAUCUGUAGUUAUCUCACUAUCUGUGCCCCUGACGGUGCACUAAAGGCUGUUGAGAACAUCAAAGACAGUAACCCAUGUUUCAUUUAAAAUGGAGGAUCUCCUGCUGUAGAAUUAGCCCGCUAUGUCCAAACUGACGUAGUGCCAAGGAAAGGAGAAUGCUUUCUGGGAGGGACGUGUGAGAGGAGUAAUAUGGGUCCUGUCUGGGAAUGGUUGUUACGUCGCCAUCUUGUGGAGUGGUUGGGAAGUGCAGCUUCAGACUGGCGCAGCAGGACCACAGUCAUGUGCAGGACCUUUAGCUAUGAUAUGAUGCUACACUCAUUUGAAUGAUGAUCGUACUGAAAUGGGUACUGAACUGUUAUACAAAUAAAUGCUCAUUUUUAUUUGGCACCAUGUUCAUUUGGAAUGCUGUGUGUCUGUCUCCAGCUACUGGUGCGAGCGGAGGCCAAGCUGGACGUGCAGGACAAGGACGGGGACACUCCUCUCCACGAGGCGCUGCGUCACCACACACUGUCCCAGCUCCGCCAGCUGCAGGACAUGCAGGACGUCAGCAAGGUGGAGCCCUGGGAACCAUCCAAAAACACGGUAUGGGAUUAAGCAUUUAUAUUGUAUUUAAUUCUUUCGAGUCUAAGACGUUGGGGGGGGGGGUGCGCUAAGUUGACAUAUGGAAUUGUUUUAAGAUGGUCAUACUGUGGAUCAUUUAGCUAUUUGAUUUUGAAUUUUAGGACCCCUUUUAGGUAUAAAAAAUAUAUAUACAAAAAUGAUAAAAUAUUGAUUUUGGCCUUUACUACUAAAGCCCAUAGAAACGCAUUGAAUAACACAUUCAUAAAUGGCAAAAAGGACAGUCAAAAAAUAAAUCAUAAGAAACAAGGUUUUAAAGUGUCUGCCCUAAAUCUAGGAGAGAUAUAUUUUACACAUAUUUAACGCCUUUUUUGGGUAGGCACAAAACUACCUUUGUACUUCCAUUUAGUUUUUUAAACCGGUACCGUUUACCUUCAGACGAGUCCCGUGACACUUGUGGGGUAGUAGAGAGCACACCAUCGUGUUUGUGGCAGUCUCCCCUUUCCAUAGAGUGGUCAUAAUAGUUUGUAGGCCAAACCGUUCGGACGCUACAGACGGUUAAGUGAGAAGACCAAUUUUUGGGAUGGCUCAUGGUCUGACAGACAAUGCUCUAGCUCUGCCACCUUUCACCGCAGAUGUGGAAGUGCGACACUGCGUCAAUCGACUCUAGGGGGUUAAACAGGAAAGUCCCAUUUGAGAGAUAUACAUAAGGGGGCGUGCUUCAUUGUGAUUUUAACCAGCAUUUCGGCUCAUUACUAUGCCGAGACAGCUCCUCACUCGGCUGGCUGGGCCAUUUCAAAGCCACUGUCUCCCCAGUAAUAUAUCCUCAACAUGUCUGACUCUUUCUAACCAGUGGCUAAUUCAAUUGUCAUCUUGUAAAGUGAUGCUAUGGGAGAGUGACCCAGCCUCAACUUGUACAGCCCUACACACUACUUCACACAUUCCAAUUAGACACUGUCUGCUCUGCUCUCCUCUGUCUGGUGGAGCUGGAAUGGGACAAAGACAGAGAAUGGCUGAACGAAUAAGGGAGACACAGAAAGAGAGAGUUACUGACUCGUGUGUUGGUCCUCCUCCACAGCUGAUCAUGGGUCUGGGCACCCAGGGAGCAGAGAAGAAGAGUGCAGCGUCCAUCGCCUGCUUCCUCGCGGCUAACGGAGCAGACCUUACCAUCCGCAACAAGAAGGGCCAGUCUCCUCUGGACCUCUGCCCCGACCCCAGCCUCUGUAAGGCCCUGGCCAAGUGCCACAAGGAAAAGACCAGGUAAGAAACCCUAGCCCUUUUACCAAGCCCCCCGCCCAAACCUUACAACCCACAGUAUAACAUGGUUUAGACUAUUUUAGAUUGCGUUGUUGCGCUUCAACUAGUUGUCUCCCUAUCUUCCAUUUGUAUCCUGUCUCCUCUUUCUCAAACGCCCUCUUCUCUCCCCCUCUCUCUCCCCUCCAGUGGCCAGGUGGGUUCUCGCAGCCCGUCUCUGAACAGUAACAGUGAGACCCUGGAGGAGUGUAUGGUGUGUUCUGACAUGAAGAGAGACACCCUGUUCGGACCCUGUGGACACAUCGCCACCUGCUCUCUCUGCUCCCCACGCGUCAAGAAGUGUCUCAUCUGCAAGGACCAGGUCCAGUCCAGAACCAAGGUACUGUUGCACACCCACCCAGCCUCAAUAAAGUGAUUAUGUCUGUAUUGGAACAUUUAGGGCGGUAUUCUGACUUGGGAUCUGCGAGCUUUUAACUCCCAUUUUCGCUCGAAGUCUCCCAUUGAUGUCCCUUAAUGAUUAAGGCAAACUGUUGUAGUGCCUCGGUAGGUAUCAAGCUGUAUAAGUUGCUAAUGAGAGAAUCAAUUGAUAGAUGUUUUCAAUCUGUUUGGGGGGUAAAGACAUCCUCCAAUCAGAGGUAGGACUUUCUCUUCUCUUUCCCUUCAUUGACAUCAGUUUUUUUGUCUCCAUACAGAUCGAGGAGUGUGUCGUGUGUUCUGACAAGAAGGCUGCCGUGCUCUUCGAGCCCUGCGGUCACAUGUGCGCUUGUGAGAGUAAGUAUAUUGAGUGAACCAGCCUAGGUUGCUUCCGCUGUGCCCUGCUGAACGGGACCCUGCCUCGCUGCAAGAACUUAAGGAUUUUCCAGAAUCUUUGACCCGUUCUACCGGGCCUUACUGUCCUGUGAUUCUGUGUUUGUUCCCUCCCUCGCUGUAGACUGUGCCAGCCUCAUGAAGAAGUGCGUACAAUGCCGGGCUGUUGUGGAACGCCGCACGCCCUUCGUCCUGUGUUGUGGAGGGAAAGGUAUGGAGGAUGAUGCAGCUGAUGAUGAUGAUGAUGAUGAGGAUGAUGAGGACCUUAGUGAGUGAAUCUUCCACACGUUCCCUUUUAAUUCCCUUUUUUUUAUCCUCCUUUUCUUUCUUGUCAUGACUCACCAUCCUUUUGUUUUCCCCUCCUUGUUCUGUCUGUUUGUGUUGGCUUUGGUUUUCUGAUUCACGUCAGUCUUGCUCAUGCAUUAUUUAAAUGUUAAUGUUGUCAUUGUUUUGUGUAUUUUAGUUGAAUGUGUUAUGUUCCCAGACUAGGACACACAGCUUCCUAAUUGAGGUCAUUAAUGCAUAAUCUAUGAUCGUUAAUUUACUCAGACAGGAACUGGCUUACCAAGUGUUAUGGAAUGUGUUUUAAUCAUAACAUGUAAUUCCUUCAUGUCAGUUUUAUAACAUUUUAGCCGCAUGCACUAAUUUCAUUAGCAGAAAUUGGCCUCCAUAACUGGCUAUUAAUUCUCCCUUAGCUGGCUCCUAAAUGUAUAUUUGGCAAACUGCUUUCAAUAUCACCAUCAGUCCAUUUCUCCAUCCAAAUCAAUCUGUUAGCUAAGCAGUGAUGGUACAGUGUUGGUCAUUUUAAUGUGUGUAUUUUGGGUUAUGUUCACCAUCCCUAGUGGUGUCUUUAAGUUGCACACAGUCUUCUAUCACAUUAUUGUCCCUCCUUUAUGACUGCACCUCACACGCAGUUCCCUUUAUUUUGUUGUCCUUAUUCUUUUAUGUUGAGUUAAAGGGGAAACUGUUGUAAGUUCACUGAUUUUAUAUUGAUUUGCCAAAGAUUCGCUUGUCGAAAGAUCUUUCAGUGUGUUGCCACACAAAGUCACAUAUCACACACACCGAUCUCUUCAAAUACAAAGUACAUCGUCUAUCACACACAAUGCACAUUCCCCUAUGUCCCUUGACAUUUGAAGAGGGAUGCCAACCUAGACGAGACUCUCCUAGCCUUAGUGUUAGUUAGUGUUUAAUGGGGAGCACUUAAGAGUUGUCAGGUUACCUGCUGGGUACUGCUGACCCAAACAGCUUUUCUCCUGGUAGCUUUUGUCCAAUAAUACUACUUAGUGUGUUUGUUUUUCGACUUGGAAGGAAGCGGUUGCAGCCAGCUGCCUUACUCUAUCUAGAAAAGACUCCUCUCCCCACACCUCCCACCUAACAUCUAUUUCUGAUUUAAUAACCUCAUUUUCCUUGCCCUCCCUCUCUCUCUCGGGGCCUUUAAUAGAGAGUAGACUGCUCCUCCUCAGGCCUUGUCUUGUGGAGUUGUAUCUGGGGCUCCUGCUAUAACACUGUGACUGGUUAUUCUCAGCAGGUAGCUCUAACUCAGCUCUAAUGGCAGGGGGGUCGCAGCAGGAUCUGCUCCAGCCCAACAAUCUGGCGCUAAGUUGGUGUAAGUAUCUCAUCCUCUGCCCUGGUUCAAAACUCCCCACUGCUGUCUGCCCUGCCUGGCCUAGGCCCUGCUGCCUAAACCCCCUUUCCUUUGCAGCGAUCCUUCGCUGACCGCUCCACACCACACACACAGAAUCGCACACGCAUACAAGUACACAAUUACACUGAUUUUCACCAUUCAGACAGGUUGUGCCCUCAAGCACUGGGCCUCGGACCAUUUUCAGCCGAACACUGUCUGGGGAAGUGCAUGUGUCGAACUCUGAAAUCCCUGCUUGUUAAAAAAGGCCUGGAUUAAAGUGUAGAACUCUUCCCAGUAUGGCCCACAUAGACAGGGCUGUAUGAUUGCUUGAUUCGUUUGGCCUUUAAAGCAGCAUGUCAAUAAAAGGGAGGUUUGCGUUGACAUUGCCACCAACAGAAUGAAAGGCAUCUCAAUCUCUCCCGCUUGCGGUCUCUCUAGGCCGCAUUAAAACGGCUCGGGGGCCACGAGUUUAAGAGCCUGCAUAUGUUGGUUGUUGGUUAGUUUCUCAACGUUGUGUGCGUUCUAUCCUUGUAUCCCUCCUACAGCCAGCGGUAACAUCCCGGCCAUGCAGAGAGACAAAGACAACACCAAUGUCAACGCUGACGUUCAGAAGCUGCAGCAACAACUGCAGGACAUCAAGGAGCAGGUAAGCGUGGUGGUAUGUACGAAAGACAUGGUGAUAUGUACUAAAGACAUCAUUAAACGACAUGCAUCAUUUUAGUUUAUAUACUUGGUUCAGAUUUGGUUGAAUUGUAAUAACAAAUGUUAAACAGUCCACUUUGUGUGUGUGUAUGCUAGGCACAUCCAAUAAACGUUCACUUACAAUGCCUUCAGAAAGUAUCCACACCCUUGGACUUAUUCCACAUUUUGUUGUGUUACAGCCUGAAUUUAAAAUGGAUGAAAUUGAGAUUUUGUGUCACUGGCCUACACACAAUACCCCAUAAUGUGAAAGUGGAAGUAUGUUUGGGGCAAAUCCAACACAACACAUCACUGAGUACCACUCUUCAUAUUCAUAUUUUCAAGCAUGGUGGUGGCUGCAUCAUGUUAUGGGUAUGCUUGUCAUGGGCAAGGACUAGGGAGUUUUUGUGGGGGGAAAUGAAUAGAGCUAAGCACAGUAAAAAUCCUAGAGAAAGACCUGCUUCAGUCUGCUUUCCAACAGACACUGGGACACAAAUUAACAUUUCAGCAGGACACUUAACCUAAAAUACAAGGCCAAAUAUAUACUGGAGUUGCUUACCAAGAUGACAUUAAAUGUUCCUUAGAGGCCUAGUUACAGUUUUGACUUAAAUCGGUUUGAAAAUCUAUGGCAAUACUUGAGAAUGGCUGUCUAGCAAUGAUCAACAACCAACUUGACAGAGCUUGAAGAAAAUAUGCAAAAAUUGUAUAAUCCAGGUGUGCAAAGCUCUUAGACUUAUCCAGAAAUAUUCACAGCUGUAAUCGCUGCCAAAGGUGAUUCUAACAUGUAUCGACUCAGGUGUGAAUACUUGUGUAAAUUAGAUUUGUGAUUAGUUUCAAUGAUUUUGCAAAAAUGUCUAAACAUGUUUUCACUUUGUCAUUAUGGGGUAUUGUGUGUAGAUGGGUGAGAGAAAAUGUUGAAUUCAGGCUGUAACACAAAAAAAUGUGUAAUAAGUCAAGGGUAUGAAUACUUUCUGAAGGCACUGUAGUGUGUGGAUAUUAAACACCUUUUCCUUGCCCUGAGACAUGGCUUUAGACUCUUUUGGCAUCUAUAGCCAUGUCUUAGAGCAACCAUUUUCCAAAUACAAUAUGUUUAUAUCAGAACUGGGAUGACUCCGCUGAGAGAUGAGUACUAAGUGUUACUGUGUGUGUCUCUCCAGACCAUGUGUCCAGUGUGUCUGGACCGGCUGAAGAACAUGAUCUUCAUGUGUGGCCACGGCACCUGCCAGCUGUGUGGUGACCGCAUGAGCGAGUGCCCCAUCUGCCGCAAGGCCAUCGAAAGACGCAUCCUCCUCUAC